ACUCCGCCAUUACUUCCGCCCCCAAGACAAACUGGACUGACGUGGUCCGACUUCCAAUUCGGAAACGAUGUAGGCGGCCUCCCCACUUCGCCAGAGAUACAUCAAGAACGGCAAGUAUCUCUAGAACAGACAAUCAGCAAGCUCCGUAGAGAGCGUUUCCGCUUCACAAAAUCAGUACCCAGUGAUCUCAACAGCAGGAUCUGUUGUCCUCGCGACCGAGGUGCUGUCCUCGACAUCUACGCCGAAGCUCUGAGUAAGAUUACUCCCGAAAACCACCGGCAAAUCUACGCCGAGGCAAAGUUGAAAAUAAAGACUGUGCUGGGCAUCUCAAAAGCUGGCCCUAGAAAUGACGUUUUUACAAAGAUGCUGCUUGCGCCGAUUGAGCCGCUGUACGCCAUGCCGCGCAUUGAGUUCCGCAACGACAAGUUUGGGCAUCGCGCAGCUACCAGACUGCAGGAGUGGAGGGACGAUGGUUGGCCUAAUCAGUACCCGAAGAAUGCGAUCAGAAAAGAGAAGGCUAGAAAAGGCAAGUUGAGGGGGUGGGUAGAUCAAAACUGGGAGGAUGAGGGGGCUGAAGAGGGGGACGACAGC